CCAACAACUACGAGUCAGAUUGUGCGUGUUACUCCAACCGAUCGUAGCUUCAUUAUUUUAUCAAUACCCGAGUGUCUAUAACCAAAAGAUUUACACUGGUGUCGUUCCAUCUCAUUUUCUUCAAAAUCACUGGUCAAUAAUGCCUGAGAAAUACGACAAUAUUAAUUUCCUGCAGAAUGCACUCGCCGACCCUCAGAGUUUUUACAAUUACGAUAUCUCAAUUGCGUCGGCUCACAUGCCGGUGACGACUCCAUAUAUGAAUUCUCCGGAGUCAUCUUGCAUGGCGUCACCAAUGACGGUAUCAUCUCCUGAAGACUUGGACUUCCUGGGAUCGUGUUCUGAGAGCACUCUUCUAAGGCUGGGAGAACCUGGAGGUUUUACUGCUGAACCUAUGGAUCCACCAGAAAUCAAAAUCCUGGAUCAGCCAGUUGAGAAAUUUCGAUUUAGAUACAAAUCAGAGAUGAUGGGGACACAUGGGAGCUUAUCAAGUGCCAGCUCCACGUCGAGAAGGAAGCGACAGGUGCCUACUGUGAAGCUGUUAAAUGGAAUAGGCACGAUGAUAAUUCGAUGCACAAUCGUUACAAAGAAUACGGAACGCCGAAUACCUCAUGCUCAUCACCUGGUAAAACGUGUGGGGAAUGACGAGCGUGACAUUCCCUACGAGAUCGAAGUGUCAGAAGAAAACGAUUACAUCGCCUCCUUCGUAGGCAUGGGCAUAAUUCACACUGCAAAGAAGCACAUAAAAGACGAGUUAAUGAAGAAGAUGAGGGCCGAGAAGCUCGAGGAAAUUCGCCGAAGGGACCCAAACAGAACUUCCCUGAAUGUUCGCGAAGAUACUGAGAUACGAAUGGAGGCAGACUCUGCCCAAAAGUGGAUGGACCUGAACAGUGUUGCGCUAUGCUUUCAGGCCUUCGUUAAGAACGAACACGGAGUUAUGGAACCAAAGAGUCAGCCUGUCUACUCGAAUACAAUCAACAACUUGAAGAGCGCCUUAACUGGAGAGCUUAAAAUCUGCCGAAUUGAUAAAUACGCGAGCAGUUGUGCUGGCAACGAGGAAGUUUUUCUCCUGGUGGAAAAAGUGGGAAAAAAGAAUAUUAAAAUCAAAUUCUUCGAAUUGGACGAUAAGGACAACGAGAUUUGGACAGACUAUGGUAAAUUUUCGGAACUCGAUGUGCACCACCAAUACGCAAUUGUUUUUCGUACACCUCCUUACAAAGACAGAGAUAUUACAGAGUCAAAGACGGUUUAUAUUCAAUUGGAGAGACCGACUGAUGGUGAUUGCUCAGAGCCCAUGCAGUUCACUUACAAACCGAUGAAUAAUCUCCUCCAGAGGCCCACAAAACGCCCACGAAUGUCAUAUUCAGAGAGUGUUGAUUUGUCCAACAUGAUAGACUCAACAACAACAAUGUCAAAUCAUGCUUUGGCCACGUGGAAGUCUGUCAUCGCACCCAUGACAGUCAGCGAACGAUCAGCAGAAUUGAAAAAAUUAUUGGAUGAGAAAUGUGAUUCUGCUGAGUUUCGAGAUUGCCUCGCCAACAUUAAUCUGGAAGAGUACAUGGCAUUGGACGAUGAUCCCCAACUACAAUUUGUACCCAUGUUAGAGACAGAUGGGCCACAACAUCGAGCUACUCCAGAAGGUUCAAACUUUGCAAUUAAUAUUUUGAAAAGAGCAGUUGAAUCACUCAAGAACAAUUCUAAACUUGAUGAGAAUGUGAUAAAGAUACUGAAGGAGAGAACUUCUUACGGUGACACUCCACUUCACGCAGCUAUUCGCCAUCACCAGAGGGACAUUGCCAAAUACAUUCUGACACUCAUAGCUGGAUAUCCAGAGUUGAAUGAUCUCGUGAGCAUCGAGAGUGCAUCAGGAAAGACUCCCCUUCACUACGCAGUUAUUCUCAAUCAAGCUGACAUUGUUCGAGCUCUUUUACUUUUGGGAAGUGAUCCCAAUGCUUGCGACAGUCAUGGCUCCUAUGCUCUUCAUGAAGCUGUCAAGCAGCCUGAAAAUUGGCAGUGUGUCGAUGCAUUGAUAAAAGGUAAUGUCAAUAUUGAGCAGGAUAAUGAUGCUGGCUGGACUGCACUCCAAUUGGCAGCUGAGGCUGGCUCUGUGCCGGCCAUUAAGUUGCUUGUCAAAGCUGGUGCUGAUGUUAAUAAAUCAGAGCGGUCAUAUGGACGAACUGCAUUGCACAUUGCUGUGGAGGGGGGACACAUCGAUAUUGUCAAAUAUUUUCUCGAGAACACACGUGUUAAUGUUAAUCAACAGAACUUCGGGGGAAAUACGGCACUACAUGCUGCGGUUGUUGAUACAGGCAAUCGUGCUCGAGAACUCUGCAAGUUACUCACCAAAUAUGGAGCUGAUCCAUCCAUUAGGAAUAACCAGAGAGCAUCUCCAAUUAAUCAUGCUAAUGAGGAGGAGGAGCAUGAUGGAUCUGAGGAUAUUAAGCAGGAGACCGAUUCCAAUGAUGAGGAUGAUCUUGAUGGACAAUCGUCUUUUGACCUUGCAACGAAAAAUAAAGAUGUCAGUGAUAUUUUUUCGUCUGGUAUUGAGUCCAACAAUGCAGAGUUCGAGGUCAAAAUCAAGGAGGAGAUUAUGGAUGCGGAUAAUGAAGGAGAUCUCGAUUGGCUUGAGUUGGAUGAAAUAACGGAUUUGGGAAAUAUUUUGGAAAGUAAUAAUGGCUGGAAGUCACUUGCUCAACGACUUGGCUGCCAUACAUUUCUUUCGAAUGCCUUGGAAAAGUCGGGGGCUAGUCCUGCGUUAACCAUUCUAACAUUUGCACAGGUUCAGGGGUUUACCAUGAGCACAUUGUUGGAUUUGCUGGUGGAUUUGAAGCAAAAGGAAGCUGCGAAGUAUAUCGAAAAUGUCAUAAGGAAGAAGGCUGAUGGCGCACGAUAAAAAUAAAAUCAUCUCGAUAAAUUUAAAGCAGUCAUUAUAUCAUCAUCUCUCUUAACUAUUUUUUUCCACUGCACAUUGUCCAUGUCUAAACUUAUUUUAUUUUUCCAUUAAUAGUUUAGUAAGGAUUAUGAAAUCAUGCUAUUACCACUCUUUAUAUGAAGAAUAAUUGAUCGAUAUUAUAUAUGUUAUACAAAAGAUGAAA